GGGAGGUGUGCGAAGCCUCUUCUGGGUUGACUGGGGACUUCAGGUGUUAGUCAUCACCUGGUAACCAUGGUAACAAGCUGUCUGAUCGAGAAGGUCGAGAAGAACUGAUCCCUUUGGAUUGAAGAUGUGGGAGGUGACUUUGAAAUGUGACCUCCCGAGAAACUUCCAGUCCGUCUGACUGUCAGACCACCAUGUUUCCGCCCCUCCCCCGCCUCGUCUGGAUCUGGCUCCUGCUGCCGGCGUUGGCCCGGUGUCAGACCGGCGGUCAGUUUGAUGUGUGUCGGUCUCUCCGGGUCUCGGAGGCAGGACCAGGAUGGGAGUUUUACGCCUGUCAGCCUCCGCCCGCCAACAUGAAGGAGGUGAUGCAGAUCAAAGUCGACCCCCCUGGCAUCACCUGCGGGAACCCACCAGAGAGAUUCUGUACCCUGGAGAACCCUUACCUGUGCAGUGACGAGUGUGACGCCUCCAGCCCCGACCUGUCUCACCCUCCUCAGCUGAUGGGAGACCGGGAGAGAGGGGGGCUCAUCACCUACUGGCAGACGGUCACAUGGUCCCGGUUUCCUGAGCCCCUGCUGGCUAAUAUCACACUGUCCUGGAACAAGAGCCUGGAGGUCGUGGAUGACAUCACCAUCACCUUCGAGUACGGCCGUCCAACAAGCAUGGUGCUGGAGAAGUCUCUGGACAAAGGUGUAACGUGGCAGCCGUAUCAAUACUACGCUGAUGACUGUCUGGAGGCGUUCGGCAUGUCUCCUAAACGGGUCUCUGAAUUAGCUCCGAGUAACCUAACCAGGGUUAUCUGCACCGAGCAGUACUCCCGCUGGGUCGGAGCAAAGGAGGAGAAGAUGGUGGUUUUCGAGGUUCGUGCUCGGUUCGGGGUGUUUGCGGGUCCAAAGCUGAUAAACAUGGACUCCCUGUACACCCGUAUGGAGACCAUGAAGGGUCUGAGAGACUUCUUCACCUUCACCAACCUCAGACUGCGGCUCCUCCGCCCGGCACUGGGAGGGACCUACGUCCAGAGAGACAACCUGCUGAAGUACUUCUACGCCAUUUCCAACAUCGACGUACCUGCCAGGUGUAAGUGUAACCUGCAUGCGUCCCAGUGUGUGUUAAGAGAUGCAACGCUGAUGUGUGAAUGCGACCACAACACGAAUGGUCAGGACUGUCAGCGCUGCAGCCAAGGAUUCAACCCCCGCAGCUGGAAACCAGCUUCAUACCUACCGCUGCCAACAGGCACUGCUAAUAUCUGUGAAGCUGCAGAAUCAGCUGCCAUGACUGCGCCAUACGAUUCCACCUCCUCACCAGACAGCACAGACUUCACCCUCUCUGGAACUGGUACUUCCAACCUGAUCACCAGUACUACCCAAUCUGUGGAAGGUACGACUUCAUCAACUGGGGCACCAACAACAGCAUCCGUAACCCCAGCCAGUGACUUGGCUCCAUCUGGAGAUACUCCACCCACUGGGUCAGCCACAACCAAUCAGGUUGCAGAUCCUUCACCAACUGCAGGAGCUGACAGAACUUUUCCUUCAGAUGUUCCUCCAGAAAUUUCCAUAAAUGUUCCUUCUCCUGAUGGAACAUUUCCUGAUGUACCUCCUCCGGAUGUACCACCUCCAGACGUACCUUCCCCAGAUGUACCUUCCCGUGAUAUACCUUCCCCAGAUGUAUCUCCUCCUGAUAUACCCUUUCCUGAAGUACCAGCUCCUGAUUUACCUCUUCCUGAUGAGUCCCCCCAAGUACCAGCUCCUGAUACACCUCCUCUUGAUAUACCACCUAUUGAUGUACCUUCUCCCGAUGCACCCCCUCCAGAUGAACCUCUUCUUGAUGUACCACUGGAAUCACCAGAUCCUGAUCUACCUCCCCCAAUGGAAGCCCCACCUGAUGUACCAUCUCCCCUGGAUUUGCCUUCUCCUGAUGUACCUCUUACUGGUGCACCUCUUACUGGUGCACCUUCCCCUAAUAUACCCCAGGAGAUACCACCUCCAGAUGUUCCCCCUCCAGAUCAAUCUCCUCCUGAUGAACCCCCUCUUGAUGUAUCCCCUCCAGAUGUACCUCCCUCCAAUAUAAAUCCUCUGGAUGAACCUCUUCCAGAUUUAUCUGCUCCUGAUAUUCCACUUCCUGACAUAAUUUCCCCAGAUGUUCCUCCCCCUGAUUCCUCUCCACUGGAUGUACCUCCAGAUGCACCUCUUCCUGAUGUGGUCCUCCCAGUACCAUCUCCUGAUACACCUCCUCUUGACAUACCUCCUCUUGACACACCUCCUCCGGAAAUACCUCCUCUGGACAUACCUCCUCCAGACGUACCUCCUCCUGAUGUACCUUCUCCGGAUGUACCUCCCCCAGAUGUCCCUCCAGAAGCCUCUAGGACUCCAGACACUCUGGUAGAUGUACCUUCUCCUGAAGGAGUACCUCCUGAAGCACCACUUCCUGAUGGUCCUGUGGACUCCUUACUGCCUUCUUCUGAAAUCAUGGAAGGUGACAAAAGCUCCACUGCUGUGGGUGAGAAUAAUCCUGCUGGUGAAUUUGCCCCCGUGGACUUCACCUUCCCCUUUCCUGGUGACCGAACUCGGAUUGAAUCCAAACCAGAUCCUGGAACAGUGCCUGUCAGUGAUCCUGGGACCCCUCCAGGGGAUCCCAGUGGAUCUUUUGAUGUUCCUGUACCAAACUCAGUGGGUUCUGAAGGAGAUUCUUCUUUAGCAGGGCAAGAUACAGGACAGACAGGAAAUGGUGAAAUUAAUUCAAGUGGACCAGACUCUCCUGCACCAGAAAGUACAGGUCCAGAUUCUACUUCAGCAGUAGAUAACCCAGGGGUAGAUUCUUCAGCAGUUCUGGUGGAGGCAAAGUCAUCUGGAGAGGAUUCAGCAGCCAGUGAAACAGCAGGAGGAUCAGAGUCAGAACAAAACAAAGACUCUGUACAAGAGACAACAGGAGCAUUUGAUAGUGCAAGUCCUGAUUCAGAUUUGAAACCAGAUGCCUCUCAAGCAGAAGGUGAGCCGGGUAGAGAUCCUUCUGCAGCACUGAUGGAAAGGAAGCCAUCUGCAGAGGAUACAGCUGCUGCUGGACCAUCAGAAGGGUCAGAGUCAGAACAAAAGAGAGACUCGAGAGAGGAGAAGAGAGAGGAGCAAAAGGAGGCUAAAGACUGUGAGUGUAACGGUCACUCCAACCGCUGCAGCUACAUCGACUUCAUCAAUGUGGUCACCUGUGUGAGCUGCAAACACAACACACGAGGGCAGAACUGUCAGUUCUGUCGCCUUGGUUACUACAGAAACAGCUCUGUGGCGAUAGAGGAUGAGCAAGUCUGCAUCGAGUGUGACUGUGAUGCAGACGGCAGUACUUCCCCUCACUGCGCAGAGUCCGGUCUCUGUCAGUGUAAACCAGGAGCCACAGGUCGCCGCUGUGACUCCUGCAUGUCUGGAUACAACUGGAGAGUAGACGGAGCCAACUGCGAGGUGAACGUGUGUGACGACGAACGUUUGAUUUGUCGGAACGGAGGAACCUGUCUCGACUUCCAGCAGUGCCUUUGUCCGGACAACUUCACAGGUCCAUUCUGUGAGAAGAGAGUGUGUUUGAAGAAAGGGGGAUGCCUCGAGAACGAUGAAAACUCCUCCUCCUCUCUGACCUCACACCUCUACCUGCUGACCCUGAGUCUGAUGUACUCCAUCGUUUGCUGACCACGCCAUCCGCCAUGAGGACCACGCCCGGUGAUGAAUAUUAAAGAGGAUGUAAAACAGAACUGUUAAACUUUUUUUUUUUUACUGAACUUGAACCUGUUUCAUGUUUUCCUGUGAUGUCAUAUUCGAUACAGCCAUGAGGAUGUUUGAGGAUGACUGUUUGUUCAGUGAAAUAAAAGACUGAUAUAAGGAGUCUGAUAUGAAGGCCUGGACCAUCAUGUUUGAAGCACAGGCGUCUGUUACUGGUCAAGGUUUGUGCAUUAAAUCACUCCAUAACGAAA